AUGAUUCUCUCUAGGUCGGGAAUGGUCAUCAACACGGCAUCUGGCACCGGGCCAUCUCCUCCGCCUCCACCUCCUUCCCAGAUCUCUUCGACGGGAAAUGUCCAACCUCCUGUAGAUCCUCUUGCGGGUAAUAACAAGGGGAAGAAAAAGGCCGUCGCUCGUAAACCAUGGGCAGACGAACCGUGGCCGCUCAUCGAGCCUCUAUCUCGAACUCAGAGCAUAACCCACCCGGCGCAUCACAUAGCCGACGAACUAUCGCACACACACAACGCCAUGCUACGCGGUCUCAACGCGCUGUACCUCCAGGCACCAUUCGUCCGCGACCCUAUCGACGUAGCUGAUUUCCUGUUCCUGGCGCAAGCGUGGAGCGGCUGGGUGCUGGAUUACCAUGAGAUGAAGGAGAACAUUAUGAUACCGGGCUUUGAGGCCGCUUUGGGGUUACGGAAGGGGUCUUUAGGAGAAAGAGAAGAUGAUUUUAGUACAAGAAGUAGGGAAUAUGGUGAUAUCAAUGAUGAUAUGGAUAGUAACAAACCGGGAGGAGAAGAAACAGGAAAAGGAGAGGAGGAAGAUGCGGAGACCAAAAGCCAGUCUCUGGACCUUCCAACACACAUUCAAAACCUCCGCUCUUACGCCAUCGAAACACAUCCUCAACCGUCGUCGUACUCGCCGUCGACCCUACGCACGCUUCUUACCACCCUCGCAUCGACAUUGGUCCCGCACUUACACAACCAAACUACAAUACUCCUACAAAUGGAAGAGCUCAGCGCCUUACCACCCUCCAACUCUCCUUUCCCUUCCCUCCCAUCCUUACCAUCCCUCCCUUCUCCGUCGCCUUCCCCAGCGCCCUCUCAACCCUCAACAUUAAACUCGACCUCGACGCCUCCAUCCUCAACCCCAUCCGCGCUAUCCAAAUCCACUACCUCAACGACGGGAGUAGGAGUACCACCGCUACCAUCCCGUCCUCCCCCACCGCCCCCUCCAUUCUCAACCACACCAACGACCACCCCAUCCACCCCAACAGGCAAGGCCCCACCCCCAUCCCCCCGCGCCUCCUCGCUGACGCAGGUCCACCUCUCGGCCGAGUCGUCCUUCAGCGCCGCCAUGGACCGGUACACGGUGCCGCCGAUGGCGAUCCGGCUCCGCGACGCAGCGCACGACGGCGCGGCUCGGCUCUCCGUCCCCGCCAUCCACGCCGUCGCCGACCGGCUCAGCCCCAGGCACGCCGGCGCCUGGCGCUUCCUGCCUUGCGAUAUCUGGGGAAGGCGGAGGGGGCUGGAGUUUCUUGGGGAUGGGGAGGGGUGGUGA